AUGUCGCGCGACAACGCAGGGGGCGUCAUGGUCGAGACGCCCUCAGAGUUUGGAAUCAUGGGUCCAUUGACUUCGGCACCCCUCUCCAUAGGCGGAUCCAGCAGCCUCGGCGUCCGAACAGGGAGACGUACGUCCAAGUCGGUAUCAGGAGCGCGCCCGCCACUGUCUACUAGCGCAUCGUCCCACAGGACCCUGGGUUACGCCAACCCAUAUGCGCCAGAGGCCGGUCCAUCAACAAGUGGUCCGAGCGGCGGUUCCCCAAACCUCGGUCCCACACGCGUGCGCAACGGCCUCAAGCGCCGAAUCUCCACUCCCAACCUCGUCAAGGGUCGCUCGCUCGUGCCCGAGGAGGACGCCGGAAGCGAGCCCGACCACGGGCACGGUGCCACUACUCCCAUCACCGCCGGAUUGCAGGCCACGUCCAAGAACAGCAAGGUCGUUGAGACCCGCGCGCGCUCAACUUCCACCUCCAUCGUCGUCCCACAGACCUUGACCACGGAGCCCGAAUCAACCACUUUUGCAGAAGAUCCUACAAUCGUCACCCUUCCUUCCCAGUCAUCCUCCGCUCUGCCUACGCCCCCAUGGAGUGGGAUGUACGUCACGCCGCCGUCCCCGCCAUCUACAGCGGGUCCGCGCGAGUACGAGCCUGAUCCGAUUGGCGAAGAUGUCGCAACUGGCCUCCUCUCGUCCGCCUACGACAUGGGUGAGACUGUCUUCACCCGCGUAAUUUCAUGGGUCCGGCCUAAACGACGGCGGUCACGCAGGCGGUCUCAUGCCUCGGACGACGAUUCUGAGAAGGGUUUCAAUGGGUCAGAGGAUGAGGAAGAGUUUGAUGAGAAGGAUGAGGGGGAGAACCGACCGCGGUCAAGUCGCGUGUGGAACCUGCUCCCUGGAUCACGUACACCAGACUCUCCCAGCUACUUCACCCUGCCUCCCACCCCACCAGACGACCGCCAGUACGAUAACCUCGGCUUCCCCGCUUCCCUGCCCACACCCGCCAUUUCGUCCCAGUCGCUCUCGCACGGCGGAUCUGUCAGGCGCCAGCGCCGUGCGUCUCGCGCGGCCGCACUCAAGGAAGCGCAGGCUGAUGGUUGGUGGGUCAAGGUGUAUCGCACUGUGUCAGUAUCCGGCAGCGGCAAGACUGCUCAGGUGCUCCGCGAGCUCGGCUGGACCGUUGGAUUGCUCGCGCUUCUCUUUGUUGUGUCCUUCCUGCUUGUGCUUUACGCCGUGAUGAGCAUGCCUAUCACACAACUCAAGUCGAUGCCUACCUCGACUACCGACCUGCAGCUUCUGUCGGCUGACAUUCGCGCGUAUAUGAGGAGUUCGAACUCGGGAUGGUGGCACACUGUCGGUGUGCUCACCUACGUCGGGUGCUGGAAGCACGCCUGGAGUGUGCCGGGUGCCGUUGUGCUAAACAUUCUUGUCGGCUCGCUCUUUGACACUGUCCCCGCCCUCGGCCUUCUCACCCUGAUCACCGCUUCCGGAUCUCUGGGGGCAUACAUGCUGUCCCGUCCCCUGGCGCCUCUCAUUGGUGUGCUCUUCCCAAAGCCGCUCGCGCUUGUGCGCGCGGCUCUGGCGCCCGACUCGGUCCCCAAGCCUCUCAACACAGCGCGUGUUCGUGGCGAGACGAUCACUCCCAUUCGUGUGUCUGACGAUCCGCGUGAGCCGGCCCUCGGAGCGCCUGAGGACCGCCCCAACGUUUGGAGCCGUUUGCUUCUCAUGCGCGCCAUGGGCUUCGUUCCUUGGUCUGGCAUGAACGUUGCCUGCGGUGUGGUCGGCGUCGAUUGGCGCAUCUUUUGGCUGACGACGGCCGGUGGUUCGGCUUCGUGGUCGUACGUCACCGCAUCCGUCGGCAACAUUCUCGGCAGCCUGGCUCUUCCGACCCAGGGUGAGGACGGCGCCGAGAUCAAGGGAGAGUCUCUGACGAGUCUGCUCCGGGACCCGUGGCUCAUCUCGAAGCUCGUCGGUCUCACUGUUCUCACGAUGCUGCCUGUGCUCCUUAAGCGCCGCAUCCGCCGCUCCCCUGGCGAGGACACCGACAGCGACGAUGACUCAAUGAGUGACCCGCCCACGCCGACGUCUCCCCAGGCCCACUCUGUCCUUGGUCUCGAGACAGGCAUCCCCAGCCUCAGCAUCAACACGACCAAUCUCGACGCGGGUGAAGAGUACCCGUCCGAGCCGGCAUCUCCCCUCGCCAUCUCCCUUGCGAGCUUCACUCCGACGCCGCACAUGUUCGAUCUCCUCUCUUUUGGCCGCACUGCAAUGCGCCAGGGUGUGCGCGUUGUCGUCGGCAGUGCGCGCACAGCCGCUACGUCCGCACAGCGUCUCCUCGGCCGCCGCUGA